UCCCGGAGAGGAGCCUGACCUCAGUGCGCUCAGCAUUCCUCACAUAGUGCUCUCCAUAGCGGAUACAUACAGUUACCUCAGCCUCCGUCUUCCUGGGCGGGAGGGAGGUCCAGCGCUCAGCACCGCACAGCCGGGGGCGGGAGGCGAGAAGUUCCAGCGGACACGUAGCGGCAGAAUGUGGGCACAUAGCGGCUCGGGGAGGACGGCCGGCGGGAUGCACUGAGGAAGUUGGCGGACUUGCUGGGCAGCGCAGGCAACAGGAGCCGCGGAGAUAACGAUGCUGUGUGUGAACUGAUCCCUGGCAUCCAGUUACUCGGGGACUUCUGGGGAGCGGCUGCCACGUUGCGCCCUGUUGUUGGGAUGUGGGUGUCAGGGGGCGCAGCGGGCUGAGGAUGGCAUCGGCUGUGUUUGAGGGCACCUCCCUGGUGAACAUGUUUGUGAAGGACUGCUGGGUGAACGGCAUCAGGAGGCUCAUCAUCAACCGCAGGGGGGACGAGGAGGAGUUCUUCGAGAUCCGGACGGAGUGGUCGGACAGGAACAUCCUCUAUCUGCACAGGAGCUACUCCGACCUGGGCCGCCUGUUCAGGAGACUUCUGGAGUCCUUCCCGGAGGACCGCGGGGAGCUGUCCCAGUGCUCUCUGCUGGAAGGGCUGAUCACAAUUAAAGAGUCUCAUGAAAUAGAGUCAAGACUCAAUGAAGUGGAGAAACUGUUGAAGACUGUUAUAAACAUGCCUUGUAAAUAUUCGAAGUCAGAGGUUGUCCUCACUUUCUUUGAGAGAUCUCCACUGGACCAGGUGUUGAAGAAUGACAAUGUUCACAAGAUCCAGCCAAGCUUCCAAAGUCCUAUAAAAAUCUCCGAAAUUAUGCGUUCCAAUGGAUUUUGUUUAGCGAACACAGAGACAAUAGUCAUCGACCACAGCCUCCCACAUGUGAAAGAUCCCGACUUGGAUGUAGACUCAACCGAUCAUUUAUUUGGAAAUGGAACAGAUUUUCCUCCAGAGGCAGAGGACACUGAUGACCCAACAGCUUAUGUUACGAAUUUGUCCUACUACCAUCUGGUUCCAUUCGAAACAGACAUUUUAGACUGAAGCGAUCAAGUACCUGCAAGGAUUUAUUAACCGUGGAGGUGAAAUCUCUUUGAGUGCUGCUAUCCCUGUGGCCUUCUACAAACUCUAAAAAGCACUGCUCUUAGCAAUUAGCGCACAGAUCUCAGCAAAUGGAACCACAGCAGAUUUACAGCAGGAGGCAGAAGAGCAUUGCUUGUUUCUACUAUCCACUUAACAAUACUCACCGAGCCUAUAGCCGCAUGAACAUAGGUUUUCCUAGUAUAGCGCAUGUUCAUCAUUUCAGUCCUGUUAAGUCGGUGCAAGAACAUCAAGGACCUAGACACCAGCAACCCUUCAUGUGUAUUGUUUCAUUUAUAUCAGAGCCAAUGAAGGAAACGAAGGCCUCCAAAGCACAAUUAAUACAAUGUGAUGGCUACAUAACUAGAGCAAUAGGGGAAAACGUUCCUCGACAGCUGAAAAUGUGCUAGAUUGUUUGGGGCGUACUUGUAUGUGUACUGGGGGUGCGAUGAAGACCACGCAAAAUGAUUGUGUAUGUUGACGAUGUAUAUUGUGAUACUGCAGCCAUCAGUAUGUUCAGAAUAUGCCAAGUGUAUGUGAGAUGGGAACGAGCGUCAGCCUCUGGUGGUAGACCUACAGCAUGUACAUCUCCACAGAAGGACCAUGUGCAGCAUGUUAAUUUGCUGGGAUGGAGCUACCUGCGAUGGGAAUAGACAUAUUUGCUGCAUUUCCUCCAAAAAAAUCUAACAUAUUUUUCUCAGCUCUGUGUCCCCACAGCGAGCACAGUCUGAUGUAAAUAAUAGUAAAUUAUUGAAAAUGCUAUUUCUUUUAUACAAUACUUUAAAAUCUAUUUUGUUGAAAUGGAAUAUUACUCACAAUAAAUAUAUUUAAUAUCUGCAGUGUAA